AUGACGGAGGCAAAACAGUACCGUAACAACGAGCGCCGCAAGCUCUGCUGCGAGUUCAUCGGGACGUUCCUGCUCGUGUUCACGGUGGGGUGCAACGUUCUGGGCCGCAACACCGUGUGGGGAGGCGUCUCCAUCGGCGCGGUCCUCGUG